GACUUCUGUUUAGCAAUAGUUUGUCUACCGUAGCGCCGCCGGUGUACAUAUUUUGAACUACCACAGAAACCGGGUUUUGGUCUCAUUCUCGAAAGCAUUAGUUGAGCCUCCUUAUCUCUAUUCUUCAUGGUCACGGUCAAGACUGAUCACCUUACCGUGUACCUAUAAAGAUCUCAAAUAAAGUUCUCAUAUCUCCAAUACCGUGAGUGAGUUAUUCCCGCCUUCGCUAUCAGCUAUCGGCAAGGAAGUAAUUGUGGGCACUUCAGCCGGGCUGUAAAUAUCUAAACCUAGAGCCCCACAACUGGACCGUGACAACGGUGACAACUGACAACCAUUUUUACGUUUUGCAUGUACUGCGAAUUUUCGCUGUUUAUUCCUCACAAUCCUGGCAUUCCCGUUCUAGUUCCGUGGUCCAUACCUGUUUCGCAACAUUCCAGAGCUCAUUCAGGAUUUAUCCUUUCCACGUAUCGUUCGUAUAGUGCACACAAUUACAAUGAAUACGAAGGAGAAGGAAAAGUACAUCGAGGAGUUUGAUUUCCCGUAUUGCGACGAGUCCUCCAAGUGUGAGAAAGUCGCGAAAAUCGGACAGGGUACUUUUGGAGAAGUAUUUAAGGCCAAGUACAAGAAAACGAACAAGAAGUUUGUCGCAAUGAAGAAGGUACUAAUGGACAAUGAGAAAGAAGGAUUUCCUAUUACGGCGUUGCGGGAGAUAAAGAUAUUGCAAUUGCUGAAACACGAAAAUGUAGUCAACCUCAUAGAAAUUUGUAGAACACGACCAACUCAGUAUAAUCGGUACAGGUCUACUUUCUACUUGGUGCUUGACUUCUGCGAACACGACUUGGCUGGCUUGUUGUCAAAUGUAAACGUGAAAUUCAGUUUAGGCGAGAUAAAAAAGGUUAUGCAACAGUUACUAAAUGGUCUUUAUUACAUACAUAGCAAUAAGAUCUUACAUAGGGAUAUGAAAGCAGCUAACAUUUUAAUAACAAAGAAUGGCGUAGUAAAAUUAACUGACUUCGGUUUGGCACGAGCGUUCAGUGCAAAAAACGGUCACUCGAAUCGUUACACUAAUAGAGUUGUUACUCUUUGGUACCGACCACCAGAACUGCUGCUUGGCGACAGAAAUUACGGACCACCUAUAGAUUUGUGGGGCGCCGGAUGUAUAAUGGCGGAAAUGUGGACAAGGUCUCCCAUAAUGCAGGGAAAUACUGAACAACAACAGCUCAUAUUGAUCUCGCAACUGUGUGGCUCGAUAACAACGGAGGUGUGGCCUGGUGUUGAAAAUCUAGAUUUAUUUACCAAAAUGGAUCUCCCGAAGGGGCAGAAGAGAAAAGUGAAAGACCGGCUCAAGCCAUUUCUGAAAGACCCUUACGCCUGUGACUUGUUGGACAAGUUUCUGAUACUCGAUCCUAGCAAGAGAUGCGACUCCGACUCCGCGCUGAACCACAACUUCUUCUGGACCGACCCGAUGCCGUGCGAUCUCAGCAAGAUGCUGGCGCAGCAUACUCAGAGUAUGUUCGAAUACCUGGCACCGCCGAGGCGUCCUGGUCACAUGCGUCAUCCGCAUCAUCCAGUGCCUGGAGGACCAGCCAAGCCUAGUUCUAGCAUGGCCGAGAGUGGCUAUCAGGAUCGCGUCUUUUAAUAUAUUUCAAUAUAUAUAUAUUUUUUUUAUAUAUGUCUAGUGUAAGUUUUGUAUAUAAAUGUAUUGUAUGUUCUAUGUAAUUCCAUCCUGACGUUACCAAUUUUUUAAACACAGUUCUAAUUUAGAGAUUAAACCUAUUUUAUUUAAAAAAAA